GUACCCUACCAGCCAUUUGACUUUUUGUGCAAGUCCGACUUCCUUGCCUUGAAGACCUUGCUGGGGGAGCCUAUCUUUGGCAAGCCAUUUCUGCGGGUCAUGAGCGCAUACGUUGCAGGCUUGGCAUUGGCGCUGCCAACUGGCGAGGUCGGUGAUUUGGACAAGCAUAAGGAUGCUGAUGAGGGCCUGAACUUGGCUGGGGCAAAGCCGAGUCCGGUGGUGGUGAAGAAAGAACAAGCUCCAACAGACUCUUACCAAAGCCAGAAGAAGAGGGACAUCCGCCAGGUGGAGGGUCAGAGUGGUGGGGAGAAUGAUGUGAAGGCUGCCAGGAGCUCAACAAACCCAGUGUCACUUCGCCCAGCUGCGCUCUCUGCUGAGAGUGUCAGCGAAUUCACGGACGAUGAGAUUUUUGCCGCCAUCACAGCAGAGCUGAACUUUCUUGACACCGAUGGUUACUCGAUCGGGGACGCGGAGAUGGACUUGUUUGUGUCUGCAGCUCUGAGGCAUUCCCUUAUCCAAGACUAUGUGCGUUGGGUCGAUGAUCCUGAGUGGAAGUUUGGGUAUGAUGAUGCUUUGGAGGACCUGAAAGACUUUGUCGC